UUGGACGAGUUCCGUAAAAAAAGAACAGAAAAUCUGAAACUAACAAACUUCAUUUUGCUUCAGAUAAAGCUAGUGUAGUGUAGUGUGUGAUAAACUUCUUUUACUGUAAUGGGCCUGAUCAGAAUUUAAGCCCAAUCUAUUAUCGGGUCAAACUUUGACCAUUUGCAGACGGGCUAUUCUCAUUUCCAAGUUCAGUUCUUCCAUUCAGACGACCGCCGACGAGCGCCAUGGCUUCCAAGCUCCUGAGCAAACUCCGAGCUCUGUCCACAACCACGAACGGCCAAAGCACCCUUGCUCGUCGGUACCCGAGCGGCGAAGAAGCACCGCUAAGCCUCAUUUGCAGUGCCGGAGCUAGGCUUUUCUCCGAUGCCCCGCCUCUACCCCAAGCUUCUACUCCACCGCCUCAAAUUUCUCAGUCCGGCGUGAAAUCUUCGACUAUUUCGUCUGUGGAUCAGACUGAACUCGCCAAAUUCGCUUCCAUUGCUGAAACCUGGUGGGAUUCUGAAGGCCCAUUCAAACCAUUGCAUGCGAUCAAUCCUAUUAGACUCGGCUUCAUCCGCUCUACUCUUUGCCGACAUUUUAGGAGGGAUCCAAACUCUGCUAGGCCUUUCGAAGGACUAAAAUUUGUUGAUGUGGGUUGUGGUGGUGGAAUUCUUUCUGAGCCUCUAGCUCGAAUGGGGGCUUCUGUAACUGGAGUUGAUGCUGGGGAUAAAAAUAUCAAAAUUGCACGCCUUCAUGCUGAUUUGGAUCCACUGACUUCAACAAUCAACUAUUGCUGCACAACAGCUGAAAAGAUGGUUGAAGAACAGAAAAGUUUUGAUGCUGUGAUUUCAUUAGAGGUAAUUGAGCACGUAGCAAAUCCUGCUGAAUUCAGCAAGUCUCUGGUAGCAUUAACUGCUCCAGAUGGAGCUAUAGUGAUGUCAACCAUUAACCGAUCUAUGAGAGCAUAUGCCGCGACCAUCAUUUUAGCAGAGUAUCUUCUUCGAUGGCUCCCCAUAGGUACACACCAAUGGUCAAGCUUUAUAACUCCUGAAGAAUUGACCCUGCUCCUGCAGCGUGAAUCAAUUUCGCUCAAAGAAAUGGCUGGAUUUGUUUACAACCCAUUGACUGGAAGAUGGUCUCUAUCUGAUGACAUUAGUGUAAAUUACAUCCUUUAUGGUACCAAAACAGCCUCUACAUCAAAUAAAUAAAGAAAUAAAUCAAUUUUCUUCUUAUGAAAUAGAAUAAAGUUUUUAAUAAAUUGGCAAUUUCUUUAUUUAUUUUAUUUUUCCUCUAUACAUUGGAUGUUUUAAAUUUAAUACAUCAUUGUCCUACUUUUACAUUUCUCCAA